GGGGUGUGUCUUUGUCCACGAAUUUCCUCCUCAGUGGAUAAAUUUGUGUAUGGCAUGUAGCAAAAGAUCAGCCUUUGCUGACAUAAAAUGUGUUCUUGAGAAACUGAGUUGAGCUCACAACAUUAGAGCUGUCUCCCUUCUAAAGCAGCACCAUGGCUUCUCUGAUAUCUCCAGUGACACCUGCACCUCAGCAGAAUCCUAAAAUUAUUUGCUUUUCUACUUUCAAGCCCAAUUUCCAUAAUGAUAUUUCUUCAUUCACUAACCGUUUGAAAGGUAACUCAGGCAGGUGUAAAGCUUUCUCUGGCAAUAUCCCGGAUGAUUUAUUGGAGAACACUCUUCAACUGGACCAAUUCUCAGUUUUUCAAUCUGGGUUGGUGCAAUUUCAGAGUGUGACUGAGGAACUCUCAGAUACUCAGAAAUGGGGUCUUCUGGUUUUUGCUGGGGUGGCAUGGAUUUACUUGACUGCAAGGCCUGGUAUUCUCAUAGGGGCCAUCGAUGCAUACCUUCUGGCUCCUUUGCAACUUGGUUUGGACAGUUUGAGUGGAAGGAGGAACCUGAAGAGGAGUGAUUUCCUGGUUGGAGAUAAAUUGGGAGAAGGUUCUUUUGGUGUUGUUUAUUCUGGGGUGGUUGUUCCAAGGAAUGCAACUGUAGACGAGAAGGUGCCGAAGAGGGGGACAGGAAGAGCAUUGCAGUUGAGUACGAGGUUCAAAGAAAAGGUUAUACUAAAGAAGGUGAAGGUUGGAGUCACAGGAGCAGAACAAUUCGGCGAAUAUGAGGAGUGGUUUAAUUACAGGCUGUCAAGAGCAGCUCCUGAAACUUGUGCUAAGUUCCUUGGAAGUUUUGUUGCUGAAUCUGACAGAACAAGUUCACAAUUUACAAAGGGUGGAAAAUGGCUUGUUUGGAAAUUUGAGGGAGAUCAAACCCUUGGCGAUUACAUGAAAGAUCGCAACUUCCCAUUUAACUUGGAGUCCAUCAUGUUUGGAAGGGUCCUGCAAGGAGUUGAUUCUGUUAAACGAAGUGCAUUGAUCAUCAAACAAAUAAUGCGCCAAAUUAUUACUUCGCUUAAGAAAAUCCAUGAUACUGGGAUUGUUCACAGGGACGUAAAGCCAGCCAACUUAGUGGUGACAAAGAAGGGAAAGAUUAAGCUCAUAGAUUUUGGGGCAGCCACUGACCUCCGGAUUGGCAAGAACUACAUACCUGAUCAAAGUCUGCUUGAUCCGGACUAUUGUCCACCUGAACUAUUUGUGCUGCCAGAGGAGACACCAAGUCCUCCACCUGAGCCAGUUGCUGCCCUUCUUUCUCCAAUUUUAUGGCAGUUAAACAGCCCUGAUCUAUUUGAUUCAUACUCUGCCGGGAUUGUUCUCCUGCAAAUGGCAAUACCAAGCUUGAGGCCUGUAUCAGGCUUAAAGAAUUUCAAUACAGAAAUAAAGAAAGCUAGAUAUGACUUGAAUAUAUGGAGGGAGAGCACUCGAUUGAGGCCAGACGUGACAAUUCUUGAACUUGACUCAGGUAGAGGGUGGGAUCUAGCUACAAAACUGAUUUCAGAAAGAGGUUAUCUUGGAAGGGGACGUUUAUCAGCAGCUGCAGCUCUAAGGCAUCCUUAUUUCUUGUUGGGGGGUGAUCAGGCAGCCACAGUUCUUUCGAAGCUUAGCUUAACAAAAUAGAUACCGUCUUGAUGAUUUGAGUCUAUAUCCUGCUCCCUUAAAUCUUUCAUUUUCAUUUCUUUGUACAUAUUUUAUAUCUUUUUUCCUUGCAUCAGUAAUUCUCAUAGCAUAACAUGUCAAUCAGGCCUGCCAUACACAAUAUUGGGGUCUCUCUGAUGGAUGUUACUUGGUGAAUCAUCCCACCAAGAAAAUCUCAACUAAUUAAUGAAUUGAAAUUGGUGAUAUGUUGUUAAUCA